GGAAAACAUUCAACACAAGUUUUAACGGAUGACGAGCAUGGUCAGGGUCUCCGACGGGUUUACUUGGUUGAACAUCUAGAAGAGCUCGUCUGAAAAUUGUACUCCACACCCUUUUUCGCCGGGCUCUGACGGUUAGUUUCCGACCCUUUUCUCCUUUGCAGAGAGAGAAGAGCAGAAAAAAAAACCCCCCCAAAGACAAAAAAAAAAGUUGGCGACAGUUGCGCCAAUCCUCCAAGCUAAAAGUCCAAAAGGGUUCAAAAAAGACGGCGCAUGUCUGUCCUCCAUUGACCCAGCCCCGCCAGCCGUCCGUGGAAAGAGUGUUGGUUUAGGCUCUCACCAAACUGAAUUGUCCAAGUGCGUCGCCUGUGCACACAUUUUGAUCGUCUGAACUCACUCAGUCUUUUAUUGUUUCCAACUCGCUUUGACGAUCUUUUUGGAACGCCAUUGUUUGAGAAUCACUCCAGGGCCCAUGCUGAGAUUCGAUUCCUCAUCAGUCGUUUACCUCCCCCCACACACACACACUGCCUGCAGCAAGGCAGCAACUAACCGCAGCACACGGUUAAGGGGUUGAUCCUAGUUUUUUUUUCUUCUUUUUCUUAUUCUUUGCCCUGCAGGCGCUACGCAGAGGCACAGACGUUCUAGUUGUGCCAGAAACUGCAUGUCGCACAUUGGCACUUGGCCUGACAAGCAAGAAACCAAAGUAGCACACAAGCAUUGCCCACUCACUGCCCUGCCUGCCUGCAGCACGUUUCUGCGGCUGCCUUGUCUCCCGAGGUGUGGGAUCGAUCCAUGUUUGCCAGGCUAGGAAACAUCUACCCAGCCUGCUUUGACCCCCUUCCUCGACAUGAUGGACUCACAGGUGGUCCCUCCUCUUCCGCGCCAAUCGUCCUCUCGACAACACACCUCGCGACGGCACGAAACGCUCGACUUUCAUUUGCCCUCGAGCUCUCGCGGCACGCGUCACGCUUCACCGAGUCGCCGUGCCCAACAAUCCCCCCCGAGCGCAUUGGGCGCCGACGUCAUAUCCUCGCUCAUCACCAGUCUCGACGUUGUUUCCAAACCGACCUCUCCAUCAAGUGACCGACGGCCGCCUUCGACAUCACCAUUACCCUCACCGGCUCUAAAGUCUCCCGCCACCAACGGGUCCUUUGGCGUCGAAUACGGAGCCUACAGUUCACCAAAGCGCGAGGUUGCUACUGCUGAAGACGUUAGCCUCGAUGACCUUGCGGCCUGUCCGCCCGUGAUCCGCACGGCAAAGCCCCCUUCGGGCUUCUCUGCGCUGACGGCCCCGAAAUCUCCACAAAGAGACCAGAGCGGAGGAGUCAAGUCGCUUCUGGGCGGGUCCCGUAGCGCCUCACGGCCGUCUUCCCGGGGAUCGCAUACCUCGCGCGAUGCCGAUACCCAGAGCAUUGGCAACCUCUCCGUGGAACCGGGGGACAUUCCUCCCAUUCCUGAACUCAAGAGACGAAAGUCAUAUACUGGUUCAUUUGACAGCUGGGGAAAGAAGCAGGGUCGGUCGCACAAGGGAUUGAUGUACAUGAGCAGCCGGGAGCGACUCCAGGACAAGGAAGACAAGAAGCGAAACAGUUCCAGCACGGCAAGCGGGGACCGAGGUCUUGGGACCAAAAGCAAUCCCACAUCGCCUCAUCAGGAUCACUUCCUGGCUCAAAUACCCAUCAACGAAGAGACCACUAGCCCGACCACCGAGGCUGUGAUUUCCCCGGUGUUCUCACCUACUAGCGAACGGGCACCAACAGAUUCACCUUCUGUGGGAUCGCCCAGGCACAUACCCGACAGAAACUCGAGUCUACGCAAGACAGGUUCCAAACAAAGAUCAUCUGCCCGCCGAUCCGCAACCGCAAAUCGUGACAGUCAAGCCACAAAAGCAAUUCCCGAAGUCGAAGAACGUAGCCAGAGCCUUUCAAGAGCACGUUCGACGUCAAGGACAGGACGCAGGGCUCAGGAAACGGCGACACCAACCCAUCCUGACUCGGAUACUGACGUGUAUCUACUCUACUCGAAAAUGACUGCGCUCCCGGAGCGUCCGCGAGCUCGUUCUAGGUCAAGGUCGGUUUCUCGCCCGCCGGAUGAUCGCCCACGACUGCACAGUCGCACUCUUUCAUACGACGUUGAUAUCGAGGAAGGUGCCCCAUCGCCUGCAAUUGCACAACGGCGCCGUAGAGAACGAAGCUUGAGCGUGGAUAAGAGAGGAUCCCGACGCGAAUCAACAGACGGGCGCGCGAAGCGAUCAAGUAGCCGACUGCGACGGUUGUCGAAGCAUGAGGGAGCGCAAUCACCAACGGCUGACGCGAACCACAUUGGAUACGAGCGCCCGCCUAGUGCAGAUAGUAUCGAUGAUGCGGUGGAAUCGUAUUUAUGUUCGCCGAGGCUGUCACAGAAAAUCAAGCACCCACAGACUGGCCGUGUCAUCUCCUUUUCUGAGGUGGGCGAUAGUGAGGGCAGCGCCGUCUUUUGCUGUGUGGGGAUGGGUCUCACGAGAUACAUCACGGCAUUCUAUGAUGAGCUCGCCUUGACACUCAAGUUGAGACUUAUCACUCCUGACCGGCCCGGAGUCGGUGAUAGUGAACCGUACCAAGACGGCACGGCUACGCCCCUCAGUUGGCCAGAUGACGUAUAUGCAAUUUGCCAAGCGCUCAAGAUCACCAAGUUCUCCAUCCUGGCACACUCGGCAGGCGCCAUCUAUGCGCUUGCCACAGCGCUGCGAAUGCCUCAGCACAUCAGGGGUCGGAUCCAUCUCCUGGCCCCCUGGAUCCCGCCGUCGCAGAUGUCAGUCUUUGGUGCAUCGGCACAGACGCCCCUACCACCAAGCAACGCGAUUCCGACGUCUCAGCGCAUCCUCAGGGCGCUGCCCACUCCAUUCCUCAAGGCGGCCAACAGUUCGUUCAUGACGGCAACGAGCAGCAGCAUUACUUCAAGCCUCCCAAAGACGCCACGCAAAAAGCGCAAGAAUGGGCAAAACGUCGCCAAGGAUAGGGAAAAGGAGGCCGCUGCGAGGUCGCAGGCUCAGCAGCAUCAAAAUGGGAGCCCGCUUCUAUCGCCCGGGGCCUUGGACAGCAACAAAGAGAACCAUUUGCAAGAUGACGAUGGCAACAGGAUUCCCGGUUUUGUGCGGGGUGAAAUUCCGGCGACUGGGGACAUGGACUUCUUCAAGCCUCCGCCCAUGGCGGGUUCAGCUGAUGCGGGGGCACAUAGGAAGUCUUCCUCUGUGGCGUCACAGCGCAAUGCAGCAGCCAGGGAAGCGGCGGUACUAGCAGCGGCGGCAUCUGCCAUUGCGGACAAGGAGAGGCAGGCGACUUACGACACGCGGUUGACGCAUGCGAUCUGGGAGCUUGCUACGACUGGGGCCAAUCCUGCGGUGGAUCUACUCGUUUGUCUCGAGAGGAGGAACACCAUCGGGUUCCGAUACGUCGACAUUACUCGGCCAGUCAUUAUACACCACGGGACCAGGGAUACACGCGUUCCGCUCGACAAUGUGCUGUGGCUGGGCAAGACGAUGCGCAGGUGCGAGGUUCGGGUUCUCGAGGGCGAGGGCCACGGGCUUAUGGCGAGCGCUUCCGUCAUGGGCGGCGUGCUGAUGGAGAUAUCCAAAGAGUGGGAGGACUGGACCCGCAUCACGGGCAUUGCUGCCAGGAAGACGGCAGCAGAGAGAGAAAAGGCGGCCAUGGAGGUUGGAGUGGCACGGUAAAGCAAACCAAACCAUUUCCGAUUGGCCUCGGGCCAUUUUACUUUGUCAUACUUCAUUUCUGACCCAUGGGUACUUUGUCGUAUACCUGUAAUCACUUUUUUUUCCCUCCAAUCCUGGCUAAUAGCUAGCGCGAAACUGAAGUUCAGUGGAGACGCGUUGGAUACUUUCACCUAGCUAUUUGGAUAACGAUCAUUCGAGUUUCUACCAUUUUGUGUCAGAUUCUGUACUGGGAUCUGGGCAGUCUACCUGGUUUUAGUGUUUGUUUAUUUUCUUUUUUAUUUCUUCUUGUCUAUAUUUGCAUUCAUUUGUUUGGGAUUCAGACGGAACGACAACGCCUUUUUUUUUUUUUUUUUUAAAAAAAAAAAAUUAAGGAGAGUUUAGAACGCUUCUUUUGUGGC